ACGACGAAGAAAAUAAGGAGAAUGAUCCAGGACUUGCGACUCCUUCACAUAAGGGAGACAUACUCACAAAUGAGCAAGUAAAAGACAGCGCCCUGAAAGUCUUAGGAGUAGACCCGAACUUUUGCACGUUCAAAAAACUCACAUACCACCCGGAACUGAAAAAUACAUGGAGCAAAUGGAAAAAUGGGCUUCCAGCACAAAAUAAGAAAGACAUCGUCGAAUCCUAUGAUCGCAAGGGCGAUUUCUAUAUGGAGGCUCCGAAGUUAAAUCUGGAAAUACUUCCACUACUGUCUGACAUUGCAAAAAAGAGAGAUCAGCAUUUCGUGCAGACACAAAAUUGUGUCGGCACCCCCAUAGCGGCACUAGGUGCCGCAGUCUCUCUCUUACUAGAACCUCCUCAGGAUGGCUUAGACGAAGAUUUAUUUACAGACUUAAUAAGCCAUGCUGGACAAAUUCUUACCGAUGUCUUUCAUCAACAAUCGGUAGCACGGAAAUCCUUUAUUACACUACAGUUGAAUAAAAGUGUCAAACCAGUGGUCGAAACAAUUAUUUCGAACGAAUGGUUAGAUUCGGGACAAGGUCCCCCAAAAAAGCAACACAAAGUCUCAGUUUUAGGGAAACUGGAAAUACCCACCUGCGGGAUACCGUCAGGUAGGUUAUCAGCAAAGACGUCGCCAAAUCAGGUUCAAACCGAGGUCGAGCAAGUCAUCGCACGGUGCGACCAAGACAUCUCAGACGACGAACCAGUCAUCGUUCAAGAAAUAAGCAAGGUAGAUAAGUCAGCAGGACGUCUUCGCAGCUUUGUUAGUCAAUGGAAACAGAUCACGUCUGACAAAUAUAUUUUAAGCUGCCUAAGUGGAUAUCGCAUUCCGUUUACGGAGACACCUUUUCAAAGGUCUUGUAAUGUGAGAAACUUAUCGGCGGAGGAAACAGAAAAUAUGCAUACGGAAAUCGAUGAGCUCUUAAGAAAGGGCGCCAUCGAGGAGUGCAAGGAAUGUGAAAGACAGUCCGUCUCUUCUUAUUUUCUCGUCCCCAAACCUGACGGAUCUCACCUGUUUAUUCUUAACCUUAGAAGCUUAAAUCGCUUUAUUAAUCCCCCACAUUUCAAACUGGAAGAUAUCCGUUCUGCACUUAAUUUAGUGUCACGAGGGGAUUUUUUGGGAACGCUAGAUCUCAGGGAUGCAUAUUUUCUCGUUCCUAUUCACGCUGACUAUAGAAAGUUUCUUAGAUUUAAGUUCAAAGGCAAAAUGUUCCAAUUUGUAUGCUUGCCUUUUGGUCUCUGCACUAGCCCAUACGUCUUCACCAAGUUAAUGAAACCUAUUGUUAAUACACUGAGACAGCAAGACAAAAAGAAAAGUCACAUCGUACAACUGGUGAGCAAACUUAAACGCGGGAAAGCAUAUGACAUCAGAAAAUUUGCUAAACUGUUAGGUACCUUAGCAUCAGCCUGUCCAGCAGUAUCAUAUGGACUUAUUCAUUGCAAACGUCUCGAACAACAAAAAUAUUUAGCGCUGAAAUUCAAUGGUGGAGAUUAUGACGGAAAGAUUUGGAUUCUAGAGUCAAUGUUAGAAGAGCUUACUUGGUGGAGACAAAACGUGGUUAUUGGAACCAAUCCAAUUCGAACUCAGCUCUAUGCCAUAGAAAUAUUUUCCGAUGCCUCACUGUCAGGUUGGGGUUGUUAUUGUAACAGCUCCAAGGCGUUUAGGGUUUGGGAUGAGCACGAAAGGUCACAUCACAUUAACUAUCUUGAGCUAUUAGCUGCCUUUUUUGCAAUAAAAUGUUUCGCGGCAGGGUUAUCACACGCCGAGGUUCUGCUUAGACUGGAUAAUAAAACCGCUAUUGCAUAUAUUAAUAAAGCGAGAGGUGUCCAAUUCCCGCAUCUUAGUAAACUUUCCAGAAAAAUUUGGAACUGGUGCGAAGCAAAGAAAUUAUGGUUGCAAGCGUCUUAUAUCCCUUCGGCCGAAAAUAUAGAGGCUGAUAGAGCAUCGCGUAAUGUGCAUAUCGAUGCGGAAUGGGAACUAUCUCAAUCUGCUUUUCAACAAAUUGCGCAUCAGCUGGGACCUUUUUCAGUAGAUCUAUUCGCCUCCAGAUUAAAUGCAAAAUGUGAAACAUUUCACGCCAGAUUCCCUGAUCCGGAAGCGGCAGCUAUCGAUGCGUUUACCAUAUCGUGGACAGGCUUAUCAGAGGAGGCUAUGGAGGUGAUGGUUAACUCCAAUACCACGUCAACGCUAAAGCAAUACGAAUGUGGUUCAAGAAACUGGUGGGACUUUACUCAUAGGCAUCAAUUAGAUAUGUUUAAUGCACAAACUACAGCUAUUAUUAGCUUCCUACAUGAGCGCUAUAAGGAAGGUGCAAGCUAUAGGUGUUUUCAACAACGACCAGCUAGACUGCGGUAUGUCACAACAUGGGAUGUUGCGCCGGUCCUUGACUAUAUUGAAAAACUGCAUCCACUCAAGCAAUUGAAGUUAAAGGAAGCUGUGAAAAAAAUAGUUACAUUAUUAGCACUUACUACCGCACAGCGGCUACAGACUUUGUCCUUAAUACACACUGUUAAUAUCGUCAAAUCAGACGUGGGGAUUUCUAUCAAAAUCCUAGAGCGUAUAAAAACAACAAAACCUGGUGCCUUUCAGCCAGAUUUAAUAUUACCGUUUUUUAAAGAAAAACUAGGCUUAUGUGUAGCCUCGGCAAUACUAGAUUAUAUAGAUUACACCAAAGAGCUAAGAAAUAAGGAUACAAAAAAUUUGUUUAUUGCGACCACAAAACCUUUUGGCGCAGUAUCGUCACAAACCAUCGCUCAUUGGAUUAAAACGCUUCUAGCAAAAGCUGGAGUGGAUACUAAUCAAUUCUCAGCAUAUAGUACGCGGCAUGCCGCGGUGUCCAAUGCACAUAACCGCGGAGUAGACAUUCCGACUAUCAGACGCACGGCUGGAUGGGCGCCUAACUCGCAAAUGUUCUUUAAGUUUUAUAACAAACCCAUUCAGACCACCAAUGACCAGUUUGCUCAUGCGUUUUUAAGAUAA